GUACUUACCUGUGUGCGUUCAUACGAGCGUGCAGGUCUGAUCAAUUCCCUUCACCGUUUGCUCUUUGUAGUUCAAUUUAAAUGUAGUUUAUUGAGCACCGGCCGAAUAUUUGUGGACUAAUAGUCAAGUCCAGGUCGAUCGACCUUUUGUGCUCUCCGGACUUCCGGCAGAAACUCGUCAGACUGCGACAUUUCCCCCAUAUGGUACCCUGAGGCCUCAGUCCAGCGUCAGGGAACAGUAGAAACAGUAACCAGAGGAGGGUCUGGGCCGAGUGUUGUCCCUAUGGAGAGCACCCCGUCCUGGACCAGUGGUCCCAUUGGGGAAGGGCCAUACCGAGAGCGCUCUGUCGACCCCGUCGAAAUUGAGAUCCAGCACUUCGGAGUGAGGCACAAAGUCAACAAGGAUGCCAAUGGAAAUACGACCGGGCCUGAGACCGUAAGCUUUCUCCCGGUCAAAGAGGAGCCCGUCUCGGGGUCGUGUGUGUGCGGACCGUGUGCUUCUGUGAGAAGCUGCAGGAGGCUCUUCUGCAGUGUUUUGACUUGUGGACUGUACCGCGUGUGCCGGCGCUUGCCUUGUCUCGUUUCGAGCGAAAGCUCAGCUCCCAAAGCGCCAGUGGAGCCCCAAUCAAGUCCUCCACAGACAGAGAACGGCUUCUAUUCCGACAUCCGCAUUGGUGGCGUCAAAGUGGACCCGUCCGUCUUUGAAGAAGAUGAUGAUCACAUGUCGUUUUCCACUUCCAAAUUCGAGAUGGACAGUCCGAGUUACUUCAGUAGCUUACCGGAGGAUGAGUUGAUCUACGGCAGCGGGAUGGAAGACGUGGACAAACUCAUCACCCGGAAGCUCAUGGAGGUCUUCUCUGAGUUUGAGAUCAACGAGCUGGCCAAGUGCACCACGGACUCCAUGUUCCUGCGGCGUUCCCGGGAGAUCAGUCAGCUGAUCUCGGAUAUCGUGGAGGAGCACAACAUGCAGGAGCAGGAGGCCGAGUGCCGGCUGGUGCGAGAGAUCAUUCGCAUCAGCACACGCAAGAGUAAGAAGAAGCCGGCGGUCAGGCCCCAGGAGCUGCAGCGGGACAGCGGCAAUGACACCUGGAACAGCAAGAGGAACAGCCAGAAGAGCAGCUUCAACUCCACGAGCGAUGGAAAGUUGCAGAUUUCAAUGGAGAGGUCAGAUGACAUUGAAGCCAGGAAGUUACGCAACAACAGUAGCCAGUCGUUCUCUCCGAGUUUGCAGGAGACCGGUGUGCGGAUCACAUCGGACGCUCCUCUACUCCCCAGCAGCAUACGAGCGUGAGCGUGUCCCGUCUUCAUGUCCACACAGAUGCUUCUGAAGAAUAUGUCCCCUGGCUUGGAGUCAGUGGCUGAUUUUGAAGUGUACCCCUAAAAAUUGUGAUUUGAUGGGUAGAUGUUUUAGCAUAUCUCAAAUGAUAGGUGUGUUUAUGUAUCUAUUUCAUAUUUUCUUGAGAGGGAUGUGUGAAGUAUCUCCGCAUCGCUGUCUAGAAGACAUAAGUGACUUGCUGAGAAUGAAGAAUGAGAAACAGUCUGUA